UGAAGAAGAUGCCACAAUUUUUGUUAGGUCUCCACAAGGAAAUGUCUGUCAGAGGGAUUACUUUAUUUUUUCGAAUUUGUACAACUCUGAAGUUACAUAGUUAGUCCUGGAAGGUCCUAUUUUAAAUACACUAGCUUUAAUACCAUCGGAUAUAUGUGUGUAAUUGAGUUUAGUAGAAGUCAAUUUGGCAAAUGGGAAACGGAUUAUUCAGAGAAUCUUGCCUUUCGUGGACUUGCUGCUCUAUGUAAUUAUUCGCUGCUGUACUGUUAGCUACUAGCUAGUGAUGACGCCUGAUAGUUAGUUAGCUAAAUCGUUUAAUAAAUUUGGGACCGUUGUGAUAGUACCUUGAGGGAGGCUUUUACAACAAGACAACUUCUUUAUUGGACGGAAUACGACGGAAGUGCAAGGAUAUAACUAAGAUUAUGUUGAAGUUGUUUCGAGCGGAAAUGUUUGUUUUUUACCAUCAGCUAGCAUCUAGUAAAUUAGCUAGUUAGUUGACAGGGGAUAUCCUCGGACAUUGGGUAUGGUGUUGUAACUUCGUAACGUUAACAAGGAAAUAACUUGCUAACGUUACCUACUUUAGAUUUGUUUAACCAUAUAAUUUAACAUAGCAAGUUAACGAUGCGGGAUUCAGUGAAUUUCAGUGUUCUCCAUAGAACCUGCAAGUUGGUCGUCCUUCUAUGUUUUUUCCAUAUUUCGGUCACUUUCAUUUUUUACGUGAGGUCGUUAGAUUUUCGUUUUGCAUUUGCGAAGCACGACCAAACUGCAUCAAAGGACACAGUACCGGACGCGUUUGAAACGAACCACUUUUCUGUAGACAACGUGACUACAAUCACCAAAGAGCUUGGAAAAUGUCCUGACACAUCGCCACUGCUUGUUGGCCCACUGCGAAUUGAGUUCUCCAACCCAGUCAGCCUGGACGUGGUAAGGAAGGAAAACCCCAAUCUUAAGAAUGGGGGGCGCUUCAAGCCCAAAGACUGCGUGGCCCUCCAGAAGGUGGCCAUCAUCAUCCCUUUCCGCAACCGCGACGAGCACCUCAAGUUCUGGCUCUACUACCUCCACCCCAUCCUUCAGCGCCAGCAGUUGGACUAUGGCGUCUAUGUCAUCAACCAGGACGGCGAUGAAGUCUUUAACCGUGCCAAGCUCCUCAACGUUGGCUACUCGGAGGCCCUGAAGGAGUACGACUACGGCUGCUUUGUGUUCAGUGACGUGGACCUCAUCCCCAUGGAUGACCGCAACACCUACAGGUGCUUCAGCCAGCCCAGGCACCUGUCUGUUUCCAUGGACAAGUUUGGCUUCAGAUUGCCGUACAACCAGUACUUUGGAGGCGUGUCGUCAAUGAGCAAGGAGCAAUUCCUCAAGAUCAACGGCUUCCCCAACAACUACUGGGGCUGGGGAGGAGAGGACGACGACAUUUUCAACAGGCUGAACUCCAAGGGGAUGACCAUCUCACGGCCCAGCGGAGCCGUGGGGAAAUGCAGGAUGAUCCGCCACAACCGGGAUGGUGGGAACGAAGACAACCCACAGAGGUUCGACCGCAUCGCCCACACCAAGGAGACCAUGAACAAAGAUGGCAUAAAAACCCUGUCGUACAAAGUGGUCAAAGUGGAGAAGGAUCAAUUAUACACCAAAAUUACUGUGGACGUGGGGAAAAAAAUGACUCUGCAAACCAAUUAAAACCUGAACAGCCUUGACAACCAAUUUGCCACUGUGGUGGAUGCUGUAACCAAAUGUGCCUUGACACUAUAAAUAAUAUUAUGCCUUGGACUCUUUGGACCAUAGAGAAUGACUGAUCUAAUCAGCAAACAAACAUAUUCCCCAAUAUUCCCUUUAUUUUCGGCCUUUGCACAUCCGAUGGUGAAUUGAACUGGGAUUCCAGCGUUUCCAUCAUAGGAUCCUUAAUGGAAUGAGAGUUGACAUCCGGGGUGGUUUCAGGCUGAUAUGGCCCCCACUCUCUCUGUCUGGAGACGGCUGCUGAGACAAAGUCUUUUGUGAGCCAUUUUGUCUUGAGGGGGAGGUUGUGAAAUGUCUAAUUGAUUGUCCUAUGCAUCAGGGACUCUCAAAUAAUGUGUUUUGUCACUUCUGGGGAAUUUCUUGCUAAUCCUUUUUAAUGCCUCUGCUGAGCAGGGUUUCAACCAAUCAAAUGCCAAGAGGUCGGGCCAAAGAUGGAACUCUGCAAUUCGGAGGUCAAUAACAAACGAAAUCACUUAGGUUUUGUUAAGAAAACCAAUCUUAAAGGAUUUUUGUACUGAUGUUCCAUCAAGAUUUUGAACUUACCCCAAAGGGCCUAGAAUUCCAAAAACAAAUAGUUGAAACGGCCAAAUCCCAUGAUAUUUACGUUAGGCAUUCUAAUUCUCACUGCUAAGGGUCCUUAAAGGAAAAUAUUUGGGUAUUUGUUUUUCGUUAGUCUAUUGUUGAUAUAGUCCUAAAAUGUUUUGCAUGUCAGCAAUCAAGUUUUCAAGAUGCAUAACUUUUGAAAUACAGCCAGUAUGAUGCAAAAUGCAUCAUAUAGUUUUUAGGUGUUUUUUUGUUGAGUAUUUUGAACUAUGUGAAAAGUGUCUCUGCUGAAGCUCCCUUCCCUGUGAAGAUCACCAUUCAAGGUAGCCUCUAAGGAGGCCUCUCCUUAGUUGGAAAAGAGGCACCUGAAUGUAUUGCCUGGUGGUGUUGUGAUUGUGUACCCUGGGGUAAAAUGAUACUGCGCUGUUGUCUAUCACGAUUGUCUGGUGUUUUUUUUAAGUCUGAGAUGGGGGGGGUUCUACGCAAAAAAAUUAUCCUCUUGUAUUCAUUGUAUGUGAGAGGGUUGGGAAACCAUUUUUUUACUUCUUUAAAAAAAGUUUUGGCCUCGAUGUAGUAACCAAACCACAGGAGGUUGUUGGCACCUUAAUGAGGGAGGUGGUAUCUUAAUGGGGGAAUGGUAUCAAACACUUGAUUUUCACGUGUUUGAUGCCAUUCCAUUUGCUCCGUUAUGGUUAUUAUUAUGAGCCGUACUCCCCUCCGCAGUCUCAUGCCACCACAGGUCCUUAUCGUUCCUCAUAUACAUUGAAAACUACACAAGAUUGUGCGUUAUGAGGCAUGGCAUUGCACAUGUACAGUUAAUCUUAUUGAGGGGAAAAAGCCAUUGCGUUUUCUGACUGGAGACUAGAUAUAACAGAGUGAUUGUCUGUCCAUACUUAGGCUUCCAUGUUUGCUUCUUAAUUCUGUCAGAAGAGGAAUGGCAAUCAGCCCUUGAAGAAUCUGUAAAAUGACAGCCAUUUUUGCCUUACCCAAAUAAACUUGAAAAUAUCAAUGAAUUGGUCAACUUUGAAACAUUAGUAGGAGAUAUGGGUGUACAUCAACCGCCAAAGCUAAGUCAGUAAUUCCCUAGCUGUUCCCCAAAAGUGUUCCCCAAGAUGCUGUACUAUAGUUAACCGUUUCCCAAGAUGCUGAACUAUAGGGUCUUUGGGCUCGGUCAAGAAAGCCACAUCACAGGCUUAUUCAACUACGGUGAAACGUUGCAAAUAGAAAUCCUUCAUAUAGAAUGAGCACAAUGUACAUAGCAAAUAGAGGUUUUUGUCAGCUCUAUGCAACACAUUUCUAUACUCAAAAUGGGGAGUGUUUGCCACAUUGAAUAAGCCUAAGGAAAGGCCUAGUCACCACAUACCACCUCACUCUGUCUAGCUACGUACAGACACUCGAAGACAUUGGAGAUGUCCCAUGAUGUGCAGUCUUGCUCUUUAAGCCUGGCAUGCAAGGCUGCAUUAUGUACAGUGCAUAGCAUUAUGUACUUUCUACCUAAAGAUUCAUUUUCAAGGUUGAAAACCAGUGUCUUUUAUAGGUUGGCUGAAGCCAGGUUUGUUUCUCCCAAAGACAAUGGCCUUUGUUGAGAAAGCCAGCAUUAUGUAUGCCAAGUGUGAAUUCGGUUUGUUUUACAAUAGUUAGCUGGCUAAUCUGUAAGGCUUCUAUCUUUUUACUUUUCAUGUUUUCCAUUAUAAUUCAACGUGUGCAUGUGUGCUUGUGAUUUCUACAAAUGCAUGUGUCUUUGUAUGUCUUUUGCUGGCAUAACAAUUUCCUUCAAAAUUACAUUUCCUGGUUUGUGGGAAUGUUGGUGAAGAUGAAACAACUCAUGUUUAGGUAAUUAAAAUCUUUGAUUUAA